AUGUGCGGUUACUCAGAUACACAGCUCAAGCAGGGUUGGGGAAUUAUAAGUGGCAUUCUACCAUUCACAGCAUAUUUUCCGCGCACUGACAUACAUGAACUGCUCGCUCCUGACAUUCUUCACCAAAUAAUUAAAGGAACAUUCAAAGAUCAUAUUGUGGCUUGGGUGGGUGAGUACUUCCUUAUCACCUACGGAGAAAAAAAGGCAGAACAAAUAUGGGCAGAUAUUGAUCGCCACAUAGCUGUAGUGCCUUCAUUUCCAGGCCUGCGACAUUUUCCUCAGGGACAAAGAUUCAAACAAUGGACAGGUGAUGACUCGAAGGCUUUAAUGAAGGUCUUUUUACCAGCCAUUGCGGGACAUGUUCCUGAGAAGAUGCUUCGAGCGAUCCGCUACUUCCUUGACUUCUGCUAUGUAGUCCGUCGCUCAAGUCUCGAUGAAGCCGAUCUAGAUUCUUUGCAAACAGCUCUCGAGGGCUUUCACGACAAACGUACUGUCUUCAUGGAUGUCAGUGUCCGUCCCAAUGGAAUAUCUCUACCCCAACAACAUUCUUUAUGCCAUUACGGUUAUCUAACGCAGCAGUUUGGCACUCCUAAUGGAUUAUGCUCUUCUCUCACAGAGUCAAAGCACCAUAAGGCAGUAAAGGAACCUUGGCGACACUCGAGUGGCUGGCUACCUCUCGAUCAAAUGUUGGUAACAAACCAUCAGCUUGAUAAGCUUGCUUCAUUCCAAGCAGGGAAGUUUGCCAUAGGUCUGCUUGAUCACCCUUUACUCCCACCUGGUGUUGAGCCAAUUGAUCCGGAUGCAAAUCAUUCUGACAUGGAAGAUGCUGUUGCGGAUGAGGGUGAUGACAAGGCUGAGGUGAUCGUACAGCUAGCGAAGAGACAAGUGUCCAGUUACCCCCGAUGUGCCCGGGCGAUUGGUGAAAUGAUUGGCACACCUUCCUUUCCAUCGUUUUAUGCUGCUAGUGACAUCUGUGAGGUCAACGGCAUGAUCUGUUACACUAUCCGUGUUGCACAUAGUUGGCGUGGUGGCCCAGCUCGCCAUGAUUGUGUUUUCAUUGAACAUGAUCCGACUCUACCAGGAUUCCGAGGGUUAUAUGUUGCACAGGUUAUCCUGUUAUUCUCCUUCACUUUUCGAAGUGUGGAAUAUCCUUGUGCACUCGUUCGCUGGUUUUCGACCAUUGGCGAUCAACCAUGCCCUAACACAGAACUUGACGAUCGUAGAGAACACCUUCUUUCUGUUGUUCAUUUAGAUACCAUUUUGCGACCAUUUCUUGAUCAUGAUUUGACACAUACAGAUUCUUUGAUUGCAUUUCAAGCUUUCUAUGUUAACAGAUUUUCGGAUUAUCACACUUUUGAGAUCUCAUUCUAA